ACGAGUGUACAGGAGACUGCAGUAUUGUAGUAGUGUACAGCAAACCCACUGCACAACUCGAGUCUAUUAUUCGAUUUCUUAUCCAUGGCGGCCUCUUUCCUUACACUCGUAAAACCCUUCACUUCUCACCGAGCGGACCUUCCAUCUCUCUCCAACGGAAGACCCUCUGGUCUACAAAGAAAUUUCUUAAGAAUCAAUGCCAUUGCAAAGAAAUAUGAACCCACCAAGGUUGUCCCUCAGGCUGAUAGAGUUUUGAUUCGACUAGAGGAACUACCUGAGAAAUCAGCUGGUGGAGUUUUGCUGCCUAAAUCGGCAGUUAAAUUUGAGCGGUACCUGAUGGGAGAGGUGCUUUCUAUUGGUUCUGAGGUUGGGGAAGUUGAGGCUGGGAAAAAGGUUCUUUUUUCGGACAUAAAUGCUUACGAGGUCGAUUUUGGUACUGAGGGACGACAUUGUUUCUGCAAAGCAGGCGACUUGCUGGCGGUAGUUGAGUAGAACAUUGUUAGCAUAUUGCAAGUGCUAAGAUAGCUUUGUUUUAUGAAACAUUAAUAUCUGAUUCUGUGAAAGAUUUUGCAUUUUACUUUCUAUUGUGUAACAUGAUUUUGCACUGUGUAACAAUUUAAGUUGAACGUGCUAGAGACCCUCAUUGUUGUUUAGAAACAAUAGCAUGAGAAGAGUAUAUGAAUUUAUUGUCCUUCGAAAAGAAAGA